AUUAUUCAUUUUAUCUACCGGAAUCAGACGCAAGCCAGCGAGCUGUCUUUGCUGCGUACAAAUACACCAGUGCGUGCGCGAAUGCUGAAGUGUGUUUUUGUUCUAGACAUAUAUUGACACUUGCGUGCAGUUAACAGCUUACCUGUGAACAUACCUGCUAAUUACUAAGAUAAGGGCUGUCUUGUGAUCUCCACCAGGUGACUGGACGCUAACGGAGGUGUGACUUUUCAGUCAUGACAGACUGGACAGAAGACAUAAAGGAGAGGAAUGCCUUGUUUACCCAGUACUUCCGGUCUCGUGAUUUCCCCGCUAUCUCGAGAAUGUACACCGAGGACUGCCAUCUGAUGCCUUCUGGUGAAAAGGCGAUGGACGGACAUAAAGCUGUACUGGACAUAUUUUCCAAAUUACCCGGUCUUGGCGUGGACAGCGUUACCUUAACAACAAAGGAAGUAAUCCCGAUGAACGACACGGCGAUCGAGAGAGGAGACCUGGUCCUAGUGGAUUCUUCUAGCACGAUCGUCGACACAGGGAAAUACGUGGUGAUCUGGAAAAGGAUCCAAGGAGAGCCGAUGUUGUACAUUGACAUAUGGAAUUCCGACAGCCAAAAGUAAUCCCCAUUAAUCGGUGAACUGGCCUCUAAACCUAAUGUUCUCUGGAAACUCGAAUGUUACACCUAAGUUACAGCUAAAUUUCUUGGGAGUUAGAGAAAAUCGUCGUUGCCCUCUCCCAAGCUACGUGAGAACAAUACUGCGACGUACGCCCAAGAACAAAACAAAAACAUGUUUCAACUGUAUGAAGGGUUUAAUGAUAGAUUAAAAUAUCACUAAAAAA